CCUAUAUCUAUCUCUAUGGAAAUAACUGCUCAAUGUAAUUUGCAGAUCAGUCAGUCAAAAUGUACCCAUGAUACAACACGGUUUUGACGCGGUUGAACACGGGUUGAACACGGCCAUUAGGUGGGAAGGCCACUGUUUGCAAUGGGACAUAUGUUUUAUCGACGAAUCUAUUGUUUAGUCGUGUUAUUGAUAUAGUAAUGAAGCUGUCAUGUCAAUGCAACCUUUAAUAUUAUAAAUUCCUGGGCAUGCGUUUCGUGUUUUUUUUGUUUUUUACAGACGAUGGAUGAUCAGUUUCUAAUGUAGUCAUUGCUAGGUAGGUAACGAGCACAUCAGGUGCCCAGUAACUAUAGCUAGCAUAGCUUCUGAAUGCUAAUAUUCCAAAUGUUCGUGGUCGUCGUCUAGCUACGUAUUUUGCCCAAAAUUAACGGUAGCCAAUGUUUACAAUCUCGCUCGAGCCUUGUUUUGUGCGUUAUUUGGCAACACGAGAAGGUUGUCAUUUUAUCGUCGCUAUUGCAUGGACAUCAUGAUGCGCGCAACUUGCGCACAAUGUUUAUAUUGGUGAAUUCUCGUGAUAUUCUAUGAUUUGAUUAGUUUAUUCGCGUUAAUACCAACCACUCAUCCUCGAAUGUCUAUGGAGGGGGACGAGGGAAACCGCGACCAAUCGUCACGGGAAGAGUGGACACUCCUGUUUUGGACCACUCUCGCUGUCGUAGUGCCCGUGAUCAUUACUUUGUGGUGCAGUGUCCAACGCUCCAAACGGAAAAUACACAUGAAAGACUUCUUCCGCAAGAGCAAGCACGGUUGGCACUGCACGGACCUGUUCAACAAGCCCACCUAUUGCUGUGUAUGCCAACAACACAUUCUACAAGGGGCGUUCUGCGACUGCUGCGGAGUGUGCGCCGACGAGACAUGCCUGCGUCGCGCCGACCGGAGCCUUGUUUGCAAAGAGAUUAUGGCUCCGUCCCAAACGGAUGGGACACUAGAGCACCGCUGGGUCCGGGGAAACGUCCCUCUCUGCAGUGUCUGUGCGGUCUGCAAGGAGCAAUGUGGGAACCAACCGAAGCUGUGUGACUUUAGGUGUGUGUGGUGUCAGACCACGGUGCACGACGACUGCAAGCCCAGCCUGUCGGACGAGGAGCGCUGUGAGCUGGGCGAGUUCCGCAGCCUCAUCAUCCCCCCUCACUACCUCCACCACGUCAACAAGCUCCGCCGCAGGCACCCCGAUGAGUACAGCAAGCUGGCAUCUGCCUGCGGGAGCAGCUGGACUCCAGUGCUGGUCCUGGCUAACACUCGCAGUGGGAACAACAUGGGGGAGGCUCUGCUUGGAGAGUUCCGCACCAUCCUCAACCCUGUCCAGGUGUUUGACCUGUCGGAGCUGCCUCCCUCUAAGGCCCUGCAGCUGUGCACCCUGCUGCCGCCGGGCAGUGUGAGGGUGCUGGUGUGUGGGGGGGACGGAACCGUGGGCUGGGUGCUGGAUGCCAUCGACACCAUGAAGCUCAAGGGCCAAGAUCAGUUCAUCCCCAGGGUGAUGAUCCUGCCCCUAGGUACGGGGAACGACCUGUCCAACUCCCUGGGCUGGGGGUCGGGCUACGCCGGGGAGAUCCCUGUGGAGCAGGUGCUCCGGAACGUCCUCGAAGCAGAGGUGGUCAAGAUGGACAGGUGGAAAGUUCAGGUAGCCUCAAAGGGGCUCUACUUUCGUAAGCCAAAGGUCCUGUCCAUGAAUAACUAUUUCUCAGUGGGCCCGGAUGCCCUGAUGGCGCUCAACUUCCACACCCACCGUGAGAAGACCCCCUCCUUCUUCUCCAGCCGCAUCAUCAACAAGGCUGUAUAUUUUAUGUAUGGCACCAAAGAUUGCUUAGUUCAAGAAUGCAAAGACCUGGAUAAGAGGAUUGAGUUGGAGCUGGAUGGAGAGAGGGUGGCCUUGCCCAGUCUGGAGGGCAUCAUCGUGUGUAACAUCGGCUACUGGGGCGGAGGCUGUCGUCUGUGGGAGGGCAUGGGGGACGAGCCCUACCCCCCUACGCGGCUGGAUGACGGCCUGCUGGAGGUGGUGGGUGUGUAUGGCUCCUUCCACUGUGCUCAGAUCCAAGUCAAGAUGGCCAACCCGGUGCGGCUGGGUCAGGCCCACACAGUCAGGCUGGUGCUGAAGACGUCCCGGAUGCCCAUGCAGGUGGACGGGGAGCCGUGGGCCCAGGGCCCGUGCACCAUCACCAUCACCCACAAGACCCAGGCCUUCAUGCUCUACCACAGUGCCGAGCAGACGGACGACGACGACGAAUCCAGCACCUCCGAGGCUGAGAGCUCCGCCCCCCAUGACUCUCCCAAGCCAGCAGGUCCCGCCUCUGCUCGUGCCUGAGCCCCCAAGUUCCACCUCUUCAAUGUUUCAUCCAUACCCCUCCUUUGUCCGUUGUAGUAAAUGCUGAUGACAUAAUACCACGCUUGCACACUCCCCAGAUGAUAUAAGUGAGAGCUCAGGCAUAUUCCCGCCUCUGGGUAAAGGAGGGAGAUGUUUCAGUGGAGGAUGGUAUAUUUGCACUGAUCCCUUGUUCCAUAGUUAUAAUAGUUCUAACAGUUUGGCAGUGUUUCCCAACAUGGACCCCGUGUGUCCCUGACUCAGGAGCAAGCAUUGACCUCGACACUUGUACUCCUAUGAUAGAAUAUAUAUUUAUAUUUGUAAGUCAAUCACUGGACGUUUGUUUCGUUAACUCUAUUUCAUGAUGAUGCACUGUUAAUGCCAUGUUGGCCAAAUCACCUAUUCCAUGUGCUGUAUUGCGCAGACACUAGUUAGUGGUUACUAAGUCUUAAGAAAAUGUUACUUGACUAUAUUUCUUAAAAUGAGUUUAUUAGGACUCCUAGUUAACCAUUCCUAGUGAACUAGCCGUUGCUUAUGAUUUAUUCACAGGUUUUAUCAUUUUGACAAAAUGUCUACCAAUGUCUGUUAACGUACUCCUACUUUUUUUUGCAAUAUUUUGUCCUUUUCUUAGUUAGACCUCUUUGUGUUGGGCACGUCUUGUUGCACUGUAGGAAUUACUCCAUAGGAUAUAGUUAGAAUUGUACCAUCCCUCAACCGAGUUGCAACUGCUCAAAGUAUUCAUAGGUAUAGUUAUUUUGUUUAUGUUGUCCACGAUGGAAAGAUUGUUUAUUUCAAACACUUUUUAAUGUCUUCAUGCUGCUUAGCACUAGACAAACCGCAAGGUGACUCCCUAUGUCUGUCCCAUAGAAAUAGAUGAGCAUCUAGCCAUUCUAUUUCUAUGGUGUGUCGACUGUCAAUGUUUAUUACCACUGAAUGUUUUAAUGAUCUGUGAUUGAGGCUUUUCUGAAUCUCUGUCACCUUUUUUGUCAUUUUAGUGAGGUCAAGGGUCAAAGUUGAGGUAAUAUCAGGUUUGUUACAGCCAUAAUAUGAAAUUAUAGGUGGUGUUCCAGGUCGACUGUUAUGCUGAAAUGCUGCGCACCUGGUUCCUAAGCACUUCUGCAGGUCCCUAAGCUCGUGGAACCAGUCUGAUCACUUUGUUCGCCAUUUUAUUUCAAAUCACGUGCAGUAGAACAGAAUGGUUAACAGCAAUCCGAUUGGUUCCACCAGGUUACAAGGUCCCCCCUGUCCAUAUAAGCUUAUUCAGUGUGAGCUAUAAAGAAAACUGAUCCUAGAUCAGCACUCCUAAUCAUCUGUGCAGCGUGACUGCAAAAAAUAUGACCUGGAACGUCUCCUAGAAGUCUCGGUGCUUAAGAGAUUUAGCCAGAGCCAACCAGUGGCAUCAACUGUAUAAUGGGAGGAUUGUCAAUGUUAAUCUAAAGCUUCGGAGGUCCAUAAUUAUCAAUAUAAUGCCAAUGCUUGUGGUAUACAAGUGCUUACAUUCCCUUUGUGUGUUAAGCCGUUGGGUAAUCGUCUCGUUGCUUGAGGACACCCAUUUUGUGUAUCUGCGCUUCUACUGUAUGUUUACAGCAAACCUGAAUGUUCUAGAAACAGAUCUGAGCAUCUUAACUGUGGACAGAAAUGUUAUUUCAAACAGUAUAGGUCAACUCUUACCCUAUGAGGUCCGGAGCCUGCUGGUUUUCUGUUCAACCUGAUAAUGAUUUGCACACACCUGGUGUCCCAGGUCUAAAUCAAUCCCUGAUUAGAGGGGAACAAUGACAAAAUGCAGUGGAACUUGCUUCGAGGUCCAGAGUUGAGUUUAAUGGGUAUAGAGCCCCACACUGGAGGUGUCAUAAUAUCCAUAAAACCUAGCGGUCAAACAGGGAAAUGGUUCCAAUUGUUUUUCCACCAUUCAUAUUUCCUGCUUAAAAAACAUUUAAGGGCUGUGUUUCCUGUAGGCUAACCCUGGCGUGACGUUUUGAUAAUCAUGUGAAUAUCUCGGACAAGGUGACUUAUCAACAUAUUCAGCUCCAUUUACUCUUAGAUUUGAAAAUGCUAAUUAGCAUCAAAGUAGAAAUGCAAAACUACAAAUCCCUGUAAGCUCCUGCACGUCAUCUCUAGCUGACACCUUUGCUAACAGGUAUUGUGUCAAUUUAAAAUGUGCACAAAACCGUUCACAGAACUGUCCAUUUAAAAAUAUUCUGCCAAUUUCCUCAUUACUACAUUUAACAAACAUUAGAUACAUGAAUCCAGAGAUCCUUACCUUCAAUUCUCGUCCAGAUUGGCAUUUGUAGUUCUUUAUGAUAGCCACAUGAACAGCUAAUUAACAUUUCAUUUUUGGUGGGGUAAAUACAGGCAAAUAUAUUUAUAAAGGUCACCUUUUCCUAGAGAGAUUUGCCUGGUUAUCAAAACAUCACGCCAGGGUAAGCCUACACGAAACAGUCCUUAUUUGAAGUGUUUCUAAAAUCCCCCAUGGGAUGUGACUGCUAGGUUUUAUGGGUCAUACUGUGGUACUCUAUAGGCUGUGAGGUUUUUUAGAAAUGUAAUUGCAUUGCUGGAGAAAUGGCCUACUUUCAUUCCACGUGUUUUGGAAAAUGAGGUUUGUCGAAGAGCUUGUAUUGUAUGCCACCGAAUGUUCUCAAUUAGAUUGUCUUCAGAUAUUGAAUGGUAAUGGAUAGUCUUGGUAGUUUAUGUACAUGUCAUUAUGUCUACACUUAACAAUGGAAGGAGACCCGUGAUAGUCUAUUGCUGAUACAUUUUCCUGUAAAGAUUUGAGUAAAACUUACAGCGUACCAUGAGGAACAGUAUAUUUGGGGAUAUAUUUAGCUACACAUUUCGUUUUUGCAGUCAAACCACUGUACAUAAAUGCACAUGAUUGCUAUGGGAAGUGUCAAAGAAAUGAGUUAGUUAUAACAGCACUUUACUGGCGUAAUAGAACAGAACGCAUGACUCCAUUUUGUCUCCAUCUAAUGGUAUGAAACUUGCCCUCUGCUUUGUGGCCAUUUAAAAAGAAAAGAUGGAUCGAGAGAUGGAUAAAUUACUUUUAUUGUAUAGCAAACAAUGAAUCACUUUGGAAGCAAUUAAAAACAGAGAAACAUUUAAGCGACAAAGAUGAAAACCAUCUUUACUGAAUUUGCUACUACAGAUGUUGAAACGGAUCAUUUCACUGAAUGUAAUAAGCAAUGUAAAUUAGAAUUUGGAAACACCAAUAAUAAAUAUUUUCAUAUGUAUUAUGAAUGUCA